UAUUGGCAAUUUCUAAACAAGCCGUAUUGCCUUCGCAAACUCUCCACUACGAAGCAUAUCUUUUUGUCAGUCAUCACAGUCCUCUUCCUGUAAGGGACGCUUUCAGAUGGACUUUGAAAUACUAGCUUUUGGACCCGCAGUUAAUGUAAAAUUAGAGGUACUGAACUUUUUAAAGCUCUUAAGAGAAGCACGAGGUUCCACGGUCGCACAGCUAACCUGAGAGUCUCCACCCAUUUAAGCAGCUCCAGGGGGUGCAUUGGUUGGUUUUGAUUCCCCCCCCCUAUAAUUUAUGCUCAUGUGUAGAUCCCAUCGUUUUUAGUUAAUCUUUAUUUUAUUUAUUAAAGAUAUUUUAUGCACUUACACUAACACGUAUUAAAUAACACUAGUAUGAUUUCAUGUGAUUCAAGUCAUUUUCAGUAUUAUAUAUCCAUCCAUCCAUCCAUUUUUCAAACCGCUUAUCCUAUCGGGUCGCGGGGGGUCCGGAUCCUAUCCCGGAAGCCAGUAUUAUAUUUGUCAAAAUUGUUCUUAAAUGAUUUAAACUAGUCAUUUACCUGAUAUAAUAAUGAUCUAUAGUCAUUGCAUAUAAUACUUAUAACUAUUUAAAGAUGUACAGAUUGAAAGUGAGCCCAAGUGGCCUGAUACCUUGCAAUUACAUUACAGGCUUAAAGGCUAAUAACACCACUGCUGUUUCUUUAAGAACAAGAGGGAAGGGCGCCCAGUUUCAUUUCCCCCUUUGAAAAAGUCGGAUUAUAAAUUGUGCAUUUUUAUCGCCCGGUGCAGUAGAAAGAGGAACGUCAGCUUCUAAUUCAUGUCCUGCAAGAAAACCAUACUGAAACUUAAAGAUGGCUACGGUUUAUUCUCCUGCCUAGGUUUUAAGAUUCACCAGUCCACGAAAGAAAUCUAACAAGAUGGCAGAAGCACGGGCUGAAAACGUGUAUAGUGAAGCUGUGCUUGUUGGCCCGCCACCUGUUGGUGAAACAGAGUUAAUGCAGCCAGAUGGAAGCGGGCAGGCAGAGAUGGAGUUUCUAGGUCCUCAUACGGAAUAUGACGAGGAAGAGGAGGAGAAGAAGUAUUACCGCAGGAUGAGGCUGGGCGUGGUGAAGAACGUGGUGGCGGCCAGCCUGGGCGGAAUGAUCACUUACAGCGUCUACCUGGGUCUGCUUCAGAUGCAGCUUAUUCUUCAUUAUGACGAGACGUACCGGGAGGUGAAGUACGGCAGUUUGGGCCUGGAGGAUAUUGACAACAAGAUACUCAUGGGGAUCAACGUCACGCCUAUUGUGGGCCUGCUCUACACCCCCGUCCUAAUCCGGUUUCUUGGCACCAAAUGGAUGAUGUUUCUUGCGUCUGGAAUCUAUGCUCUCUUCGUAUCGACCAAUUACUGGGAGCGAUACUACACCCUGGUACCAUCGGCCGUUGCUAUUGGAGUUUCCAUUGUCCCCUUGUGGGCCUCGCUAGGGAAUUACAUCACCAGAAUGGCUCAGCAGUUCUAUGAGUUUGUCAACUACAAGGAGGAGCAGGAAGAACAGAGAAGGACCGCCAAGGGGGCGUGUAAUCGAUACAUCAUCAUUUUCCAGUCUGUUUUCUACGUCAUUUUCCAUCUGAGCCUGGUCUUUGCUGAGCUCCCCAUGCUUCUCUUCUUGAACAACUUCCUCACUGACUAUAAUCACACACUUUGCAACGUACAGAGCUGCGGCGCGACGUCGUCCGGGGUGAUAACGGGGCUCAAUAAGACGGUGCUGUCCCGUCUGCCGCCCUCUCUGCUGCUCAUCAAGGUGGAGAGCGUGAUGAUGGGAGCCGCCUUUCUCGCCAUGAUUAUUUUCCUUGCUCUCUGUGGUGCGGCGUACCGGCCAACGGAGGAGAUCGACCUUCGUAGCAUCGGAUGGGGUAACAUCUUCCAGCUGCCCUUCAAGCACCUGCGGGAUUAUCGCAUACGUCUGCUCUGCCCCUUUUUCAUCUACAGCGGCUUUGAGAUGCUGUUCGCCGUGACGGGGCUCAUGCUGUCUUACGGCGUCUGCUCUGUUGGCUUGGAGAAUCUGUGGGCCUUGGUCAUCGCGUACGGCUUGUCGGCGUCCAUCUUCUCGGCGCUGCCUCCGCUGCUGAUGUGGCUGCCCCGCUGGGUUCCGCUCCUCACGGGGGCCGCGCUGCACCUCUGCAUACUAGUCGGGCUGAUGAUUUGGUCCCCAAAGCCACGCAACCCAGACCUAGAACCCGGCCUCCUGGUUCUGAUCGCUGCAUGGGGAUUGGGCACGGCGCUGAACAAGACCGGCCUGAGCACUCUGCUCGGCAUGCUGUACGAGGAUAAAGACAGGCUGGACUUUGUCUAUACAAUAUAUCACUGGUGGCAGGCCAUCGCCAUCUUUGUCGUGUACCUGUGGUCCGGACUUCCCAUGAGGGCCAAGCUCUCCAUCGUCUUGGUCACCCUGUUGGUAUCAUGCCUUUGCUACCUGCUGAUGGAGCGUCGGCUGAUUAUGAAGGUGCCUUACCGACUGCCCCGGAUUCCCCGACCACGACACAAGGUCAAAGGUUAUCGCUACCUGGAAGUGGACGAUUCCGACGAAUCGGACGUGGACAAGAGCGAGGAUGAGAUGGUGGAGAGGGAUGAGGCGGACAGGGACGCGUCCUCACAAGGCUCCGACGUGGAUCUGAGGGAGGGGGAGGUGCAGAGAGGAGGGGGGGCGCGACGGAGGCGUGACAACACAUAUGAGCAGGCGGGGGGGAUGGGGUAGUGAACAAAGCAUUGUGUGUGUGUGCAUGUGUGACUGCGAGUGGGGGGGAAGCAGGGGGGCUGAUGACAUACGCCUGUAUUUCUUCCUGUUUCAUCACUUCUACCUGGUGGUUACAACAUCCUUAAAAUAGGGAGGUUUACUUCUUGUUUGCUAGUUCCUCCAGUGUGGGGGGGGGGGGGGUGGGGGUUGUAAUAAAAUUUAAAAAAUAAAUAAACCAAAAGAAUAGCAUGCAGAGAUGUUUAUGAGAACAGAAAAUUCUGACUGGUUUUUGUCAAAUUAACUUUUGUUGUAUGUAUUGUUAAUUCACUGGUUUUGUAUUUGCUUUACGUUUGUAUCUUCAGUUCUUGCUUGUUUUUCAAUUUUUUUUAACCCACUUGUCUUUAUUCUGCUUCUUUCAUAAGAGCCGCUCCUGCUGAGAUGAUUAAAUCCUAUAUUGUUACAUGUUUUGUGGUGACAGAAUUGGACCCGUGGUUUCAGGCUCUGUAUCUUGACAUUUCAGGCUGCAGCUGUCCCAUGUCGCCCCGUACCAUGUGUACGAUAUUAAGUAUAAGCUGUAGCACAAAUAUUGUACAAACCUUUUUUUUUCUUCCUUUUAACCAGUUAAGGAGAAGUUAAUGAAAUGAUUUAUGCUGCAUCAAUCAAUAAAAAGUUUCCAGUAUUAAA